UGUGUGUAUGUGUGUCUCCCUCGCUAGGCUCUCAUUCUCCGCGGCGCGCGCUUCUAGUUCAGAAGCUCCGGCGUGUCUCGUGUCGGACUCUCGCGCUCCGGGCGCCGCGAGAUCAACAUCAGCGAGCGAGAAACGGCGCUUCUGCUUUUUAGUUGUGUUUCGCGCGCGUGCGUGUGAGUCUGUGUGACUCGCGCGGCCCGUUGAGCUUGAACGAACGGAACCCCUUAAGAGCCAUGCGCGCGCCUGCGGGCAGAGCCUCUCCGCCUCCCGCGUGAAGCGCUGCGCUCCCCCGCCUCGUGCUCUGGUCGGAGUGCGCGAGAGUGUGCGCGCGCGUGCGUGUGUGUGUGUCCGCGGGAGCUCUCAACAUGGCGCUCAGCACGAACUGAACAACCGAGACGGACCUGAGGGAAAACACCACCUGUACACUCUGUCUCACUCUCGCGCUCGCUCACCCGCCCGCCAUGCGCGUGUCUCCGCGCUGCUUCUCGGUGUGCUGUGUGAAGGCGUUGCUGGAGUCGCGUGCUCGUGCUAGCCGGUGAAUAACAACUUGGAGUAAGAGUACGACGAGUGAACGGCACGAGCGCGGGUCCGCAACUAAACAGCAGCAAACAGCCGGAGGAACUUUUAGACCUACCGGGACUUUAGAGCUUCGUUUGCUCAUUUGUGUGGAUUCGGUUCCUUCGCGAGAACCCGGGACUCCUUCGCCGCUCUUCUUCGUGUCUUUGUGAGCUGGACGCGCGAGGAGGAGCAGCACGGGAACACGUAAACACAGAGGAUCACCGGAAGUUGUCAAAAGGGAUGGUGAUGACCACAGAAUCCAGCAAGAACUGAACAAGGCAAUAUAAGUCAACAUUCAAAGCAUGGUGGAUGCAAGUGCAGCCUGCAGAAUGAACCCUCUCACAGCACUUGGCAUCGAUCGGAGCAGCCUGAUGCGGGAAAGCCUCCAUGUUCACGGGGGAAUGGUUUAUCCGCCAGGAAUCCGAACUCUGCCAACAGAAAAGGGCUACGUUGGAGACCGGAUCCCAGAACUGCUCUAUAAACCUGAUGUGUCACUGGACGGCAGGAAAGCAACAAACGGCUAUGUCGGACUUUAUAAAAGCCCCCCACCGGGGAUUCAGAAGCCCUUGGUGGUGCCGGGUACUGGGGCAGACACUUUGGGCUUGGAUAGGCGUGUUGCACCUGUGGAUAAGCCCUCAGAGUUGGGUUUAAACGGGGGUAGCGCAAGCGGCUACCUGCGUCUCCCAUGGGUCAGCCCAUACCAUGAGCCAGGAUUAUAUCCCUUUCUAGACUCCAGCAAAUAUGCUGCUCUGAAUAUGUACAAAGCAUCAUUUAUGUCACAGCCUUCACCAUACCUGACCCAACAUCUGGCCUACCAGCCACUUUGUGCUGGGGCAGGAGGGAGUGCAGCUGGUGCAGAACGCUUGUUUUACAUGCCUCCUUACCCCCCAGCCCCCAUUUCAUCACCUCUUGCACCUCCUUUAAGGAUUCCUACAGCUACAGUAGCCCCUACACCACUGUCACCUCUCGUGCAUCAUCAGGACAAAACCUUGCAAAGCAUUGGGCCAAGGAUUCACCAUGAACCUUCUGCGUUUGGGCAGCAGUCCUUGCAUCAGCAGACCCAGUCACACCAUCAGGCACAAAGCGAGAGGCAACACACUAACACUGGAAGUAUUAGCAGCCUUAAUAGCAGCAGCAAGUCCACCCGAACUCCUUCCAGCAAGAACUUGAGCAGCAGCAGUAGUAGUGUUAAUAAUAUUAGCACUAGUAGUAGUAUUAUUAGCUGUAACAGCAGUAGCUCCAGUAUCAGUAGUAGCAGUUGUGCAAGCAUAACUAGCAGCUCCAGUACAAGCAUCCCUGUAGACUCAAGUCCUUCUCUUGUGAUGCAAGCACCUCGUCCUGCUCCACGGUCCUCCCAACCGCCUGGUGCUCCCCCACCACUUGUGGACAGCACUUUAGACUUUCAAAAGUCUGUAUUUCGAAGUCCUUCGUCAUCAAUGUCCUCAUCCACUCCAUCCCACCCUUUUUACAUGUCCCAGGAGAGCCGCUCCCCCAUAAGGCCUGCCAGUCAGAAGUCUAAGUCUAAAGAUGGAAGCUCUGAUCAGCACAGGAGUGGGGGGAGCGAGAGGAAAGGUUGUAAUUCUCCUAUUAAAACCUCCACUGAGAAACCUGUACAGCAGGGUGCUCCUACCAAAGACCCAGCAGACAAGCCUUUGGAUCUGUCUGGCAAGAUCAUGGACUUUGAAGGACCUCCAGAUGGAUGUCCUCCAAAAUUAGAGGCUUUGGCAAAGCUGGGCUACUCGCCUAACUCUCGUUAUGGACAUCCCCCGAGCAGAGAGCUUCUGAAAGAGACUCUCUCUCCAUCAUCUUCUGCUGUCAGCACUUCUUCUAAAACUCCAGAGAGGCCUGAGAUUAUUAGCACUUUACACUCUACCUGGGUGGUGCCAAGCACGACCCAGACACACAGCUCUGAAUCCAACCAGAGCAAAAGUUCUUCAGUCAUAAAAAACAAAAAUCUAGAGCAUGUUACUCAGCAGCCUAGGAGCUCUUCUUGUCCACGGAUUGGUGAACCCAACAAUAGCGCUGUGCCUAACCCUGCUCCCGUUCCUGCAAAUUCGGCUUGUCGACCAUCGUCUGCCUCUCCUUCUCCCAAAGUUAAUGGUGAUUGGCCAAAGUCUGCCCCCACCCCACCAGAGAAGGUGCCAGCUACUCAUCCUCAUCGGGGAGGGAGCCUUACCUCGGCUUCAAAGCCUCCAAAGAUUCCUAAAAAGUCAGACACCCCUGAAAUUGGCUUCAAAUCCCAGCAGCCUCACAUAGAAAAUGGUCACCCUCCCAGUCAUCUCUACCUGCCCCAGAGUGAUUCUUACUUGCCCACUAGCUUAGCUUAUGCCAACAGAUACCUUCCCUAUUCCGUUCCAGAGAGUAUAUCCCUCUCACACUUACAGUUGCCCAGCAAAGGGCCAGUAUACCCUCACCCAGUCCUGCUGAGCAGCAGCAGUCUGUAUGCUGCACGUUUGCCUCAUAAACCUGGCCUUCCUUAUGGAAUACCAACCACUCAUGGAGAGUAUCUGACCUACCAUGAUUCACAAGAGAUGGUUCAUCCCCUGAUGUCUUCCCACAUGCCUCUUGACCCCAAAGUCAAUGAGCGCCUUGAACUGAGGUCUAGACCCCAGGAAAAGGCUUGGCAACAUGAGGAAGGUCCUUACAAGCAGCAGAGUGCCUCUGACAUUGAUGCAUGCUACAAAUCUGAGAGGGAGUCAGAAGGGCCAGAACUUCUGGCCUCCAGGCCUCAGAGCAAGCUGCACACAGCAAGCAAAGAUGAGAUCGUCUGCAUCGACCUGGUCCAAGAUGACACAGAUGGCAGUCCUGAGCCGGACAAGUACUGCGCCAGCCCUGCCAAGCAAAGAGAGCCCACCAAGCCAGCCAGCAGUGGGAUCGGGGAGGGAACUGGGAGUGCUGGUAAUUCCAAAGGGAAGGAGCCAGAACUCAUGCAUAUCCUGCGCUCCAGCCAGCCAGUGGAAUCCAGGCCAGCUGAGGCUGAGCGGCUGCCAGAACCUUGUAGCCCUGCUGAGGCGCAGGAGCGCCCCGAGUCUCCUGGGCAAAGCCAGGGCGAGGAAAGUUCCAGUGAGCGCAGUCCUCUGUCUCCACUGCUGGAGGAGCAAACACUGCGCUGUGCCAGGACCUCCGGUGACAGGGUUCGUCCAGACGUCGCAAAUUUCAAACCAGAUCGGCACCAUGCCAUUCGGCAGUACAUGGAUUUGGGCAAGGAGAGGACAGAAAACACAGACUCUCACGAGGAAGAGGAAGACGGGCAUGGUUGCUCUAAAAGCAGGCGUUCUAGCUUGGCCAAAAGGAUAGCCAACUCGUCUGGCUAUGUGGGCGACCGCUUCAAGUGCGUUACCACAGAGCUGUACGCAGACUCCAGCAAACUGAGUCGGGAACAGCGCGCCCUACAGAUGGAAGUCGUAUCACCAGAGGACAGUAAUUUAAGUCAACCAGCCGCUAACUGCGAGCGUGCAAUGAUGCGUUUCUCAGAGCUGGAGCUGAAGGAGAAGGAGGGGUGCGUGUCGAGCCCCAGCCCGGUGAGAGAGAGGGGUCUGGCGGAGGGCCAGCGCGGAGAACCAGAGUGGGAUCAGGGCCAACACUGCUCUAUAACUCCAGCAGCGCCGGCGGAGCAGACGGAGCCACACAGCGGUGGGAACCGCGUCCCCGUCCUGCAGCGCUGCGUCCAGCCGGAGGACAAGAGAAUGAGGGAUGAGAGGGAGAGGAAGGAGCAGGUGGGGGAGGGGGGCAUUGUCGGCACGGCAACCGGCCGGAAACGCCCGCUCAGUCUGGAACCGAGCCAAGGCCACCCUGACUGCACACACUCAGCCGAGGAGAGAGAGAGAGACGGAGAGAGGGAGAGAACGAGGGAGAGAGAUGUAGCGGAGGACGAGAACACCAUACCGGCUAAAAGAUCCCGACUCAUUCCAGCGGACGUCUGGCGCCAGCCCUCAGAGCAAGAGGUGAAGAACCUGAAGGUGUGUAUCGAGCUCACUGGCCUGCGGCUUAGCAAACCCCGGCAGCUCCAGAACCUGCAGGAGCUGUGGGACCGCCAGGGGGCGCUGUCCCGGGAAAAAACCUGCCCCACCCAGCCGAACCCCUGCACUCCACACAGCGUUCCCUGCGGAGAGAGGAAGAGCAGGACAGGUGGAGCAGAUGAGAAGGGAUGGGGACGGAAGGAUCUGGGAUAUACUGACAUCGAAACAGCUCCGGUUCUCUCCGGGCUCUGUUCUCCGGACUGUAAGCCCCUCCCCCCCUCCCGCCUCUCGGAUAAGCGGCAGCGGCUGAAGGAACACCGGCGCGGCGGCCUCUCGCCCGACCUCGAUGACGAGCUCGCGCCCCGCCUGCUGCGCCACGGCGACCUCGAGAAGCCCAAGGGCAAGCGGCAGUGCAAGACCAAGCACAUCGGCCACCGCGAGCUUAGGAUGCUCGCGGCCAAUGAGGAAAGCCCUGAGCUUAGCCCCGCCCACCCGCUCAAGGUUGCGAAGCACUCUCCGUCGGACUGCCUCGGCCCCCCUCCGGUCAUCCAGCGCACCCCCUCGCCCUCAUCUCCCGCCGCCCCUCCCUCGCCCCCCCUCCAGCCUGCUGCGGCAGCGGCGCUGGUUGCUGUGGUCACCCCAGCGCCCGCCCUGGUGCCCUCGGAGCCGCCUGCCAGCCGCCCCAUGCCCCCUGAAGCCCGCCGGCUCAUAGUCAACAAAAACGCCGGCGAGACCCUGCUGCAGCGCGCCGCGCGCCUCGGCUACGAGGAGGUGGUGUUGUACUGUUUGGAGAAUAAGGUGUGUGAUGUGAAUCAUCGUGAUAACGCAGGUUAUUGUGCGUUGCACGAGGCGUGUGCUCGAGGCUGGUUCACCAUCGUCCAGCACCUGCUGCAGCAUGGAGCAGACAUCAACUGCAGCGCACAGGACGGCACCAGGCCUCUGCAUGACGCGGUGGAGAACGAUCACCUGGACAUCGUACGGCUCUUGCUGUCGUACGGCGCCGACCCCACGCUGGCCACCUACUCCGGACGAGGCCUGCUGAAGAUGACCCACAGUGACAUCAUGGAGGGGUUUCUGUCUGAUUAUUUUGCAGACCUGCAGGGUCGAGCGGACGAUGACCCCGGUGUGUAUUGGGAGUUCUAUGGCAGUGCAGUGUGUGAACCUGGGGAUGACCCUGCAGCGUUUGAUAUCCUGGCCGACCCGCCCGGUCCCGAGGACGAGGAGGACGACCACAGAGAGGUGUUUGAGUUUGAGUUCUCUGACCGGCCGCUGCUGCCCUGCUACAACAUCCAGGUCUCUCUGUCUCAGGGGCCCAGGAACUGGCUGCUGCUCUCUGACGUUCUGAAGCGUUUGAAGAUGUCGGCGAGGACUUUCCGCUCCACGUUCUCCCACAUUGAGGUGGUGACCAUCGCAGAGGCCGAGUUCUACAAGCAGGUGUCGCUCAGCCAGCUGUUCUCCUGCCCGGAGGAGCUGGACGGGUUCCUGCCCGACAGUAAGGAGCUACUGGACCUUGUUGAGAUCAGCGCGGAGCUAGUCGCCCUACUCGGAUCAUCACUCGAGUACCUGGACGACCGGUGGGAGCCGUCUGUCUUUAAGCCACGGUUGUGACACUAAAGGUUCAUGGAGACCGAGCGACCGACCGAUUGACUCGCACAAGAUCUGGAACUGAGAGAGAUAACAGCCUGAGAGAUAAGAAUCCUGUCUUCGGGAUUCUGGAUUUGGAUUCUGCACUACAGAUCACGAGUGGAGACGCUGAACAUUGAACAUUCACUCUGUUCUGGAUCUCUCUUCGUGACAUCACAAUCGUCUCCACGGCUCCCGCAUGUUUCUGGAACCGCCUGCAGGAAGUUUUCCUGUAAAUCCCUUUGUGACAUCAUAGCUCCACAGUGUUGCUGGUGAUGUUCCAGAACUGAUUUUAUGACAUCACCAUGGUGUCGUCUCUCUUCAAAAGGUGCGAAGAAAAUGUUGCGGAGUUUCCUCUGUGACAUCACAAUGGUCUCCUCCGUUCAUGUGGUCUUAGCAAACAUGCUAGCUAGCUAAAUAAAAAAGCUAAAAAAAUCAAACGAAACCGAGUGUACAUAAUGGUGUGAGAUGAGCACGGAAUCGUGCGAACCUCAGACAUGGAUUUCCGUCUCCUGGCAGGACGCAGGAACGGACCCACGAUUGUAGAGAAGAACUCUUCUGUUCAAGAGAUGUUUUAUAAGUAUAUACAUAUAUAUAAAUACUAUACAAUUACUGUAUUUUAAUUUGUGAUUAUAAAUAUAAAUAUAUAUAUAUGGAUAUAAAUAGGCUAUAAAUAUAAAUAUAUAAAUAUAUAUAUAUAUAUAUGAUUUUUUGUUUUAUUCUUUGGUCGGGUGUUUAUUUGCUGAGGAGACUAAUGUACAGCUGUAUCUGCUGCAGUAGUUCAGGAUUUUGAAGCUGUUGGUGUUUUGGAGAGUUGUCCGUUAGUCGUGACUUUAACUAGUGCACUUCACGGCUGAGUUACACACUCAUCCAUCUUCCGUGUUUGCGGGGGGGACUAAGAAUUUAAUUAUUUUUUGUGGUUUGAGUUUUGAUUUUUCUGUUCGUUUUUUUUUUCUUUUUAGUUUUGAGUUUUUUUUGAGGGUCCUAACCUGCAAACACGGUUUUGAGCUUUUUUCUCACUUAUUUAUAAUUACAAAUUUAAGAUAUUUUAAAAACCGUGGCUUUUUUUCUGGGGGUAAAUAUUAAAAAUGAAGUGUAAGAUACUAAUAUUAAAGCUUUGUUAGAAUAAAGACACUCUCAAAGUUGUAAAUAAUGAGUCGACGAUUUCAGUAACUUUGUUUCUGACUUGUGUGUUUAUUGUUUUUGGAGACGUGUCGAAAACUUUGUAACUACAUACGCUAUCAUUUGUAUUUAUAUUUUACAAAAAAAAUCCUUUAGAUAAAUGGCAAUAAAAGAUCCCCUCCAUCUUC